GGUGUUGAGAGAGGAGCCGUCAUGUCGCUGCAGUUUACCGACGAAGAAUUUCAGAGCGCAUGGAAGGAGCUGGACGAGCCGCAGCUGGAGGGAGGAUGGGAGCUCUUCGUCGAGACGAAGGGAGUCCAAAUCUACCGGCUCUAUGACAAGGAAACGGGACUUUAUGAGUACAAAGUCUUGGGUGUGCUCACCACCUGCUCUGCAGAGCUGUGUGCAGAUGUCUACAUGGACUUGGCGUAUCGGAAAUCUUGGGAUUCAUAUGUGGCAGAGCUCUAUGAGAAUGACUUCAGUGGACAGACUGCAAUCUACUGGGAAGUAAAAUACCCAAUGCUUAUGUCACACAGAGAUUAUGUGUACAUUAGGGAACGGAGAGACCUGGAUGUGGAUGGAAGAAAGAUCUGGGUGAUCCUAGCCAGAAGUGCGCCACAGAUACAGUGUGCAGAAAAGAAAGGCGUGAUCCGGGUGAAAGACUACAAGCAGAGCGUGGCCAUGGAGAGCGAUGGGGGCUGUGGAACUAAAGUUUUCAUGAAUUACUUUGACAACCCCGGUGGCAUGAUUCCUACCUGUCUGGUGAACUGGGCAGCAAAGACUGGUGUUCCAGGGUUCUUAACGGACAUGCAGAAGGCCUGCAGCAAUUACAGCAACUACUGCCAGAAGAAAUGAAUGCAGCUGACAGAUCCAUGGCUCACGCACAAGGGCUUAAUUUUCUUGUUUUUAGUCUUGGGAGGUAUUUGGAUGCAGUAUGAUCAAAUGUGACUUGUCUGUAUGGAGUGAAUGUGGCAUGGUGUGGGCUGCUACUUGUUGUUGUAGCAUGCUGUUGACUCAGGCAUGAUGUGCAUGACUGACCACCAUCAUUACUUGGCUGGUGUGAAAUCAGUUCUGUGUCAUUGUACUGUAUUAAUCAAUCCCGUAUUGUCUUUUCUGUGCAAUCACUUCAAACUCCAGUCCCUCUGGGAUUUAGGAGCUUUCAUAGGAUAUUUAAUCUUUUUAGUGUUUUUACAAAACGCUCUAAUGUAUUAUUACUUUGGGGCCUCUGUGGAUUAUAAGUUUGUUGCAUAGGAUUUCAUCACUUUUCCUUGUUUUGAAUUUGUUUAGUGUACAUUGAAAUUUUACUGAUGCAAUGUGGUUUAUUGUGCUGCAUGUUUGGUCACGCUUGACUCUUCCCACUGUCCAUUUCAAUUCACUGGACUUCAUUAUAAUGAAGUGAAACUGACAAACCUGCACUUCUAGAGGAAUGUUGCCUGAUGGGAUUCAUUUCCACGAGGUCAUUACUUUUGCAAAGCUCAUGUUAUGAUACGCUAUGCUGGUUUAUUUUGGAUGCUUAUGGUCAAACAUACAGUAUCUGAUACUGUAUUGAGCUAGGUUGUACUUCAGUGCUCCUGUUGAUACAGGUGAAAGUGGUUUAAUCUGGUCAUGAAAAGACUAUUACUGUGUAAUACUGCUGUGUUAUUGAGGAGAAUAAACUUAAUUUUAACUUUA